CGUACCUAGUGAGACGCCCUGCCCGGCGUUGCCCCUCGCAGCAGGUGAUUCCGUCCAGUCUCAGAUCGCUGUUUUCUUAUCAGAUCUUUUACACACGAGUCCAUCGCCGCCGUCGUCCUCCUCCAGAGUCCUCCCCGUCCUGUUUUCUGAUUCAAAUCCAUACAUAUUCCACCCUCUUAAUCCACGUCCCCUGCUCUGUCUUUUUGGUCCGUUUAUUGGGCAAUUCCAAAAGAAAAACCAAUUUUCCCAGCAACAAGUUUGACAACACACACUCACAUACACAAUGUCAGCCACCAUCGCCAGCCUGCGCGAGAGUCUCUGCUCCGAGACGAUUCCACUGCCCAUUCGCUUCCGCGCCCUCUUCUCACUCAAGCACCUUGCCGUCCAAAACAAGGGCACCGCCGACUCGCUUUCCGCCAUUGACGCCAUCGCCGCCGCCUUUGCCUCCCCCUCGGCCCUGCUCAAGCACGAGCUGGCCUACUGCCUCGGCCAGACGGGUAGCGAUGCCGCCAUCCCUCACCUGACGCAGGUGCUCGAGGACCUGCAGGAGGAUCCCAUGUGCAGACACGAGGCGGCCGAGGCGCUGGGCGCGCUGGGCAACGCUCAGAGCUUGGGCGUGCUUCAGAAGUACCUUCAUCGCGAGGGCGAGGACGUUUCUGUCAAGGAGACGUGCGAGAUUGCUAUUGAUAGGAUAGAGUGGGAGAAUUCGGAGGAGAGGAAGCAGGAGAAGUUGCGCCAAAGUGACUUUGCCUCGGUUGAUCCCGCCCCUCCCAUGCCCGAAGAAGACGAGAAGCAAACGGUCGAGACGCUCGAGAAGAAACUACUGGACACUUCGCUCCCUCUCUUCAAGAGAUACCGCGCCAUGUUCGCCCUCCGCGACCUGGCCUCUCCUCCCGACCUGCCGACUGCCGUUCCCGCCAUCCUGGCCCUGGCCAAGGGUCUCAAGGACGAGUCCGCCUUGUUCCGCCACGAGAUCGCCUUUGUGUUUGGACAGCUGUCGCACCCGGCUUCCAUCCCGGCCCUGACCGAGGCCCUCAGCAACCUCGACGAGGUCAGCAUGGUCCGCCACGAGGCGGCCGAGGCUCUGGGCAGUCUUGGUGAUGAGGAAGGGGUCGAGGAGACGCUGCUCAAGUUCCUUCACGACAAGGAGAAGGUCGUUCGCGAGAGUGUUAUUGUUGCGCUGGAUAUGGCCGAGUUUGAGCAGAGCGGCCAGGCUGAGUACGCGUUGAUACCCGAGGUUGCUAGCAAGGCGUCGUAAAAGAUGGGACUGGAGUUUCUGAUGUUGUUGUUUCGUUCAUUGCUUGUUUUUUU